UGUAGCCCACAAGGUCUUGCUCAGCGGUACAGUGUAACUUACGAUAUUUGAAGUUUGAUAGUUCUUGUUCUGGUUUAACUCCUCCGCUGCGAUAGUUAUUCCAUACAUUUGUUUUACGUGAAUGUGAAUAACAUUUUUUUAAUUAUUCGGUUGAUAAAAAAUGCGUAUUCAUCACUAUUUAUCGUUGAUAAAGGGAAUCUUGUUUGCCAAUAGUUAUUGUCGGACGAAGGAAGCUGAUUCAUCCAGUGAAAUCACUGAUCAAAGGCAGUUGUUUACCAGCGUCAGCCAUUGGGCGAGAAAUCUGAUAUACUAGCAACUAACGUUUCCUGGAAGAAAAUAGCAGAUUCAGUUGGAACCUAUGUGUGUUGGCGAGAUCAGGGAGCCAGCCAGUCAGUACCCAGCGUGUAUGGGUGAGCAACAGUUUCGUCACCAGCACUUAACAUCGGUGAAGGAGGAGAGAAGAAAGGACAUUGUAUCCUUCAGAUAUAAUACUGAUCUGGUCGUCAGUAGCACACUUGUGGCAAAGUUAUAAGUUCCGGCCAGUUCCUACAACGUGUGUGUGGAGUUCCUAUAACGUGUGUGUGGAGUUCCUAUAACGUGUGUGUGGAGUUCCUAUAACGUGUGUGUACUGAAGUUCCUAGUGUAUGGAAGGCUCUCCACUCUGUAGUUCCUAGUGUGUGUAUUUAUAUUUGUUGGUGGAUAGAGAUCAUCAACACUGUGUCAAGUGUGCGUUGGUGUAGUAAGACAGCCUGUGUCAAGUGUUGAUGUGAGAAGCCAGAUAGCCCAUUCGUGUCAAGUGUUGAUGUGAGAAGCCAGCCAGCUCAUUCGUGUCCAGUGUUGAUGUGAGAAGCCAGAUAGCUCAUUCGUGUCAAGUGUUGAUGUGAGAAGCCAGAUAGCUCAUUCGUGUCAAGUGUUGAUGUGAGAAGCCAGCCAGCUCAUUCGUGUCAAGUGUUAAUGUGAGAAGCCAGAUAGCUCAUUCGUGUUAAGUGUUGAUGUGAGAAGCCAGCCAGCUCAUUCGUGUCAAGUGUUGAUGUGAGAAGCCAGCCAGCUCAUUCGUGUCAAGUGUUGAUGUGAGAAGCCAGCCAGCUCAUUCGUGUCAAGUGUUGAUGUGAGAAGCCAGCCAGCUCAUUCGUGUCAAGUGUUGCUGCAGGAAGUCAGCACAUCCGUGCCACGUGCAUCUCGGUGGAGGUGCGUAUUUGAUUCAUCAACAAACGAGGUGGUGUUGCAAGAAUUCAGAGAUGAUGGCGGCCCGUCUGGUGACUGCGCUGAAAGCUAUCACCGUAGAACCUGUCAUGCUCGUAGACGGAGCGUGCAAAGAAGCCAUGCUCCUCUUCACUGAAAACGUUCAACUGAACAAGAUAUGUUCAGUGAAUUUAGGGUUCUCACCAGAGGUGUGUGCUAACUUGUCAGCUCAUCCAGAGGAGAGUGUGAGAGUCCAGAGAGAGUUCUCUAUCUUCACCUUCUACAACAGUAUCAUCAUAUCAGUACUACCUCUCAUCUACGUGCUCUUCAUGGGCGCCUGGAGUGACAAAUACGGACGAAAGAUUCCCAUACUAGUAACGGUGGUGGGUCACGUGAUGUUUGCUGGGGGUUACCUGCUGUCCAACUGGCAAACCAGCUGGCCUGUAGAAGUGAUCUACUUUGUGACCUUUUUGGAAGCUCUGGGAGGCACCAACGCAGGCAUCCUCUCCUCUACAGUCAGCUACAUCAGCGACAUCAGCAAGGAAGCUCAGCGAACCUCUCGCAUCAGUACGGCCAACUCGAUGUGGUUCUUAGGCGGUCCCCUGGGUACGCUAGUUGGUGCAUUAGUCAUUAAGUACAGUGAUUAUAAUAUGGCUUUAGGGCUCGUGUUGCUCGCAUACUUUCUCACAGGUAUUUAUAUCGUCGUCUUCAUAAAGGAAAGUCACGGACCCUUCGCCAAGAAAAAGCUACAAGCAAAGGGAUCCAUCACAGAUGACUCCAACUUCACGAAAAGGGAUGUGAAAAUUACCACCAUGGUGGUGGAUUUCUUCAACUGGAGGCGCGUAGUGGAGUCCUUCAAGACAGCGUUCAGGAGACGCGAGGGCAACGCGAGGGCUAUUCUCUUGGCUGUAAUGACUGCUAACAUGAUACGACGCAUGGCUAGAGGGUUCUUCAUGUACCUGUUCGUGCGUCGCGCCCUACAAUGGGACGCCACUGACUACGGCUACUGGAUCACUUAUCGUAACUUAAUGGCUGCCCUUGGCUCGCUGUUCCUGGUGCCGUUCCUAACAAAGUUACUGUCUUUCACGGACGCUUCACUGGUGGUGAUAGCGACAGUGUCUAUGAUAGGGGAGUACGUGUGUUAUGGUCUGGUAAGUGGACCAGCACAAACAUUCCUCAUGUGGCUGGGACCUCCUGCAGGUCUCAUCUCCAACGCUAUAGUCAUCUCCCUCAAGUCGAUGUCAACCAAACUCGUCAAAAGCGAAGAGAAAGGUCGUAUCAACGCGGUGAUGGCGGCACUCAACGGGUUGAUGCCGAUGAUGGGUUACGCUGUCUACUCUCCCCUCUACUACAACACCGUUGAUACCUUCCCAGCUGCUCAGUUCUUCUUUGCUGCCUCUCUCAACGUUAUCAUUAUGAUCACCUUCAUUCUGGUGGAAGCGCUGCGUCACUCGUCGUCACACAACGCUGAGGAUGUGGAACUGGAAGCCAAGAACAAUGACACAUUCAUCCAGAAGGUCUUCAAGAAGCGCCUAUCCAUCACUCUCAAAUCUGUUGACGUAACUCUCAGCGGUUCAGGAGGCCAGAAAUCCCAGGAGCCGUCCACAGCUCACCAACUGCCGAUAACCAAAGAACAAUCGGCAAACACAACACUUGACUCCAGUAGAGAGAACACUGUCUCAGCUGUAGUUUCAGAUGACAACAGUCAGCUGACUUUGAAAAGCAAGAGGCUUGGGAGCACAGAGGACCAGACGAAAGGAACUUUGGACUUACCAGAAAGAGAGAACGCUACAUGCUACGCCAGCGGGUUGAGUGAUGCGGAGAUCACUGCGUCAGAGAGGACGCAGAGAGAGGUUUCCUAAGGCAGCACUCAGCACAACAGAAAAUAACACCUCUCCCAGGGAGAGACGUAUGAUCAAGUCUCCUUACACCAGCUGCCACCGUUCACCCAGCAUUAACUAGGCAGCUGGGUGUUAGUGGGCUGUUGUGGGUGACAUUCUGAGCAGGGAAGUACACAAGAGUCUCCGAACACCUGUUCGAGAUCAACCUUUGUGAAAAUAAGUGUUAUUCCUCUAUAUAAAAAUAGCCCUCAAUUAUUUUCUUUAUUACAUACGUCAAAGUCGAAGGAUCACUGUGUCGCAUUAAGAAUCCCAGCCAUCUUUUGACAACUCCGUUAUACUUGGUAAUUUUAGAAUUAACAGUAGAAUGGUUCUUGAUCCAAAGAACUGGACGUACACUGUCUUCUCUAGGAUCGAUUCUGAUAGCCUACCAUCACCCCUACAAGCUUAGGGCUCCCCACAUGAUUGUAACAACAACAACAACAACAACAACAACAACAACAACAACAACAACAAUAAUAAUAAUAAUAAUAAUAAUAAUAAUAAUAAUAACAAUAAUAAUAUUUACAGAAAAUGAAGAUGAUCGAAUUCGGUUAGAAUUUUUACCAACAAGAAUUAAAUGUUUGGCCAUUUCCUGAACCUUUUGAAACAAAUAAAAGAAAUACACUAAUUCAAUCUUCAAAAUGCACUUAAAUGUUAGGAAAUUAGCUGACAUUUAUCCCAGAUACUUUGAAAAGUCUCUUACUAAGCAGAGCAUUAUGGGUAGACUGAACUAAAAUUUAAAACUUCUUGACAUUGUAGAGAUGAAGUUACAUUAUUUGAAGGCUUCGUUUAAUGUAAUGUGUGGAGUUAAUAUUAUGAAAUGUAAUAAUUAUGUUAAGUAAUAAAACUCUACGUGUUAAAACAUCAUUGUUAAUGUGAUGAGAUGAUACAGAGCCAGAACCAGAGGCCUAGUUUCUCCCUGCGAGCCCCGUGAGGGCAGGGGAUGAGGCUACGCCUGGGGACAGUUGGUCCCGCAAGAUGAGGAGGUACUUGUACCUCCUCCCAUGAGAAACAUAGGUCCCAAGACACUCCCAAGACAGGGAGCCAAGGCCGGGUCACCAUCUGGAAAAGUCCCGGACCGGGACAGUACCGGUGAAUCAAGAACCACAAUAUAAGACAGGCAUACAACACUAUAUUGAAAUUUUGGUUAUAAUAAUUACUGAAGGGACAGGGGUACAAAAAUAGUGGUAACAAUAACUAUACGAGUGUAUUAACACUCGAACAUUAGUUCGUUUUAAUCUGGAUAAGAUUAUUAUUACAUUUUAAACAUCUGAUAUUUAUUUCCCAUCAUAUAUUCAACAUCAUAUCUAGAAAAUGAUGGUUAAUAAGAAAAUUUGAAGCAGUUGGCAGGUUGAUUAUUUUUUUAAAUUUUCUGGAAGAUAGUUUCCUAUUUUUGGGUCUUAAAUUUUCAUGGCUUUUCUAAUCAGACGGAAUUGAAUUCCUGGAAUAUCACAGUAUUUUUUGUUAUAUUGUGUCUAUAUAUAUUCUGUUGCAGCUCUUCAAGAAGAGCUUAAGGUCUGGACUAAUGUUUAUAUUGUGAAUUCUGUAUGUAUAUUAUGUACAUUAGUUAAUAUGGAUGAUUUGUAUGUUCUGUUUAUUUAAACUUCUGAACUGUGAGGAUGUUCGGUGAUAAUUUUGACAGGGAAUUUAUAUUGUGUCAUGAUUGGUUUUGUGUGAUUUGUUGCUGUAGAUGUCUGUGUACAUAUAUGCUAUGUAAGAAUAGAGAGUGAAUAAUGUUAUCUGAGGUACAUAUAUAUGUAUUUUCGAAAGAAUACCCACUGUUUUAGAAUUUUUUUUAGAUAAAUGAUGGACGUGUAAGUUGAAUUCUAAUGUCAUAUUUGUACUUAAAAUUUUUUCAUCAUUGUGGCAUUGUAUGUAUUAUUUCUCUUUAUGUUCAUCUGUACAUUUUUUUUAGCCUUAUUUCCGAACAUUGUGUCACAAAUUUCUGUAC